UUAACUAUUAAGGUUAUUGUUUAACACUAUGUUUCCACUAAAGUGUUUACAAAUAUUUGACAAUGAAGUCACUGCGAAAGCAUUUUCUGCGAGAAGGAGGUGGCUUUGUUGACGUUAAAUAGCUAACGUAGUAGAGAGACGCAAACUAUUCGCCCACAGACACCAGAUUCAUAACACGAGCCCAGCGAAUUAAGGCUUCAUUUCGAAAUUAUGGAGUAUCAAGGGCAUGAUACGACAGAAUUUAUCGGUAAAAUUCGAGUGGAACGGAGAAAGGUUUGUGUUCCCAUAUUAUUCUUUAAGAAUUUCGGAAAUAUCAUUUGACUACUCUGCGUAAUCAAACUGUUCAGCUAAAAAAAUUCAAACAAGUUUGAGGAGUGGUGAACAUCGUCCAGUAGCUUUUUACUUGUAAAAGUUAUACAAAACUAAUACGCAUCAAGCAGGAAGAAAAUUGUUUUUCCUUUUUUUUUUUUAAGGAUUUACGUAAGGUGUCUUUAUUUCGAAGGAAUUACGCCGUGGAAAUUCGAAGGGGAAUGGGACCGAGGAUGCACAAUCAGCAUUUUUAAAGUGCAGGUUGAAGUGCGUUCCUAUAAGGAUCUGUAAAGAAUCAAAAAAGAUGAAUGCAACCGCCAAACAUUUUAUGUAGACGAUGAUCAGUAAUUCUAAAUAUUUGUGGUGUUUAACUUUCAGGCACAGAAGCCAAGAAUUGAGAAGUUAAGACGUGACAGAAUAAAUGGCAGCUUGGACGAAAUUAAACACUUGGUGUUAGAAGCUCUCAAUAAAGAUGUAAGUUCACAAAAAUACUUGAUAAACCUUGUUUUUAUGUAUUUUGUUAUUUAAAUCUAUUUUCGUAUGAAUUUCUCUGAGGCGACGAGAUUGGCAAUUCUCUCAAUUAAAGUAAAAUUACUUUUUACUUACGCAAUCUAUUUCUCAUUAAUUCAGAUUUCUCGCUACUCAAAGAUGGAAAAAGCUGACAUUCUGGAGAUGGCUGUGCAAUUUUUGAAAGGAACCCAGGCAAGACAAAGAAUGCAGCCAGGUUCGUUGAGCAAACCAUUUUAGUUGUAGUUUUGCCCGAAACUGAUUAACUUUGAUUGGCAGAGACAUCGUUUAUUAUACAUUCCUGUCUCAGUUUAUUGCUGACGGCUGUCACAUAGACUACAAACACACCCACGCACGGCCAUUGUCCUAUCGGAAUCUAGAGACCAGUCCUUCUCGGAUUCCUCAAACUUCCUCUUGCAUUUUAACGGGGUUUGGAGACAUUAGUUCAUGUAUUUAGGUUUCGACGAGUUUAGAGAUUAAAAUUAAGUUAUAGACGUCUAAAUCUUUGAAUUAAAAAACAUGGUGAAAAAUCUGUUAGAAUUUGAGAACGUAUUUAAAAAAGUGCGCCCGAAAGGUUUUUGAAUCCUAUCGCAAAAUGGAAAGGUUUCUUAAAAUUGAUCAGAAUGGUCGUUUAUUUCCUAGGAUUAAGAUCAUCGGUUGAGCACACAACAGAGCUUAAAGAGACUGGUCCUCAAGAGAGACAUUUAGUUGCACCGCCUCAAAUACCCUAUCUCACACAAGACCAACUUCUCAUGGAAAUGACCGCUGACGUUAGGCCCAUUCCAAUGAUGUCACCUUCUAUGCCAACUUUCGUCUCAGCUCCCAUGGUUGCCAUGACAACACCACAACAACCAACUAUUGUAUGGCUACCUUACCCGUCACCACCUCCCUCACCCACAGAGAAGCCAAAUAAAGUUGCUGACUCAGUGAUUACGCAAACCACUGGCAGCAGAAAGGAAGCUGCUACGAUAGUGACGUCACUAAGCAACACAACAGUAUUACCCGUAUGGAGACCUUGGUGACAGACAAGUAGAUAAAUUAAAACAAUGCUGGAGACGAAAUUAUUUUAAGAGAAAAGUGAAUUAACACUCGAGACUACUUAAUACAACGAAUGUUCCUGCUUACUUAUGGAAUAUGAUAACGCUAAAUUCUUUCGUGUAACAUAAAAUUCCCACCGUGUCCGCAUUAAAACAAAAUCAGUGUUGUACUAUACAUUUGUAUCCCUCUGAUCUUAGCGUCACAUUCCACAAAAAGCAAAACAUAAACGGCGCGAUUUACUUUUCAAUAUCGUG